AUGGGUUCGGUUUCAGAUUCCAACGCAAAUGUCCUCCUCGUAGGCUCAGGUGGUGUCGGCACAAUGGCAGCCUAUGCACUUGAGAAGGGAGGCAGAGCCAGUGUCACGGCGGUCCUGCGAUCUAACUACUCUGUUGUCAAGGAGCAGGGCUUCCACAUCAACUCAAUUGAGCAUGGCGAGGUCCAGGGCUGGCGGCCAACAGCCAUCCGAAACACCAUUCCCAAUGCAAUGGAGGAGGACCUGCAGUACCACUAUGUAGUCAUUACCACCAAAAACGUUGCUGACAUCCCUCCUGCUAUGACGGAACUCAUCGCUCCAGCGGUCACUCCCGGAUACACCAACAUCGUGCUCUUACAAAACGGCUUGAAUAUUGAACGUCCCUUCGUCAAGGCCUUCCCAUCCAAUCCUGUUCUCUCCGGCAUAACAGUCAUUGGCGCUUCGGAAAACCCUCGGGGCACCAUAAAGCACGACAACUACGACAUAUCGUACAUCGGGCCGUUCGACAAUCCAAACAUCAAGAGUGAGGUAUCACAAUCAGCGGCUCAAGCAUUUGUGGACAUCUACGGUGCCUGCUCCACCGUCAAGUGCACCUACGACCACGAUGUGAAGUUCAGCCGAUGGAGGAAGCUUCUAUACAACGCCAGCUUCAACACGGUAGCAACGAUCCUGCGCAUGGACGUGUCGCGCAUGCGCGCCAGCGAACACGUUGUCGACGACCUGAUCCGACCGCUUAUGCAGGAGAUUGUUGCGACGGCCGCGGCCAAGGGGGUCGAGCUGUCACUGAAGGAGGUGGAGAAGAUUAUCACGAUAGACCUGUACGAGAGCUUCUUCAAGCCGAGCAUGUGCCAGGACAUCGAGAAGGGAAACUUCAUUGAAUUUGAGAACAUCGUCGGCGAGCCGCUGCGCGAGGCUGAGGAGCUGGGCGUGCCGACGCCCACGCUGAGGGUUGUCUAUGCCCUGCUGAAAGGCCUUCAAUACCAGACUAAGGAGGCCAAGGGCCUUUUAAGGGUGCCGGAGAAGAGCUCGCCUGAGCUGAAGUACGGCGAUAAGAAUGAGAAGUGGUGA